AUGGAAAAGCCUCCUCUCGAAACAGACAAUUCAGCAGAAGACUGGCGAGCCGGCCGAAGCACUUUUGCAGCCGAGCUCACUGGCCUGACGGAGCUGGAGAUAGAGGCCCAUCCAACGUGCCCGUUUUCGUUGAUGGAUGAGUCGCUACCUUCGAUGACGCUCGAGACCGGACAGACGUCCAACCAGCUGGCCGGCUCGUCCGAUGGCUCACGCGGUUGCAGUCCAACCGAGGCAAGUCGGCCGACUGGCGUCGGCGUCGACGAUGGCUCCGUCAAGCGGGUAGAACGGGGCCUUCUUCGGAGGUCGCCUGGCGACGACCAGACCCAUCUGGAACUCCACCGAGGGGCGAAGGAGCUCGAGGCCUGGACGAUAGGACGUUCGGCCAGUGAGGUCCGGGGAGACGCCAUCGACGAGAUCUGGCGGACAUGGAAAACGAGUGAGCCAAUUGGGAGAAUUCGACAAUCAUCAAAUGCUGAUGGCAUGCCGACAGUCGUAUUCUCUAAUCAGAAUCAAAAGGCCGAUCUCUACUCAACAAAAUCACAUGAUCAAAAGGUGAGUUUAAUAACGCACAGGGUUCAUAAUUAUCCGUAA